AUGCUUCAUCAAACCUCACAUCACCACCAUCAUCAUCGACAUGAUCAUAAAUUGGCAAGUUCUUCCUCCCAUCAUGAUCAAGCCUCUUCAUCAGCAACUCAACCCAUAGAAAGUGUUCAAGGAUUUGUUAUAUUUCUUUCCAAUAUUGAUAUCAACACCGAAGAAGAUACUCUAAAAGAUGUACUUUCCGAUUACGGAAGAGUUAUUUCACUUCAUUAUGAAUUAUCCCGUCGAACAGGAUAUCCCAUUGGAUAUGCUCUGGUAAAAUAUGAAACCCGAGAAGAGGCUCAACAAGCUAUUCAUGCACUCAAUGAAAAACAUAAAUUCGGAAACAAAAUAGUGAGAGCAGAUUGGUGCUUUAAGGAAGGACCUCCCAUAAUCACCACAACAAGAGAAGAAUUACAAGAAAUUAAAGAAGAUUUAAAUACGCAAGAACUUGAUCAACAAGCAGAAUUAAAUUCAGAAUCAUCCAAUGAUUCAUCGGUACUGAAAAGAAAGAGGGAUAGUGAAUGGGAUGAAACCUCUGAGGCAACUACAGCACCCAGCGAAGAACGAUCGUCAUUUUCUACAACCUCUAAAAGUGAAAAUAUUGUAGGUGAAGAAAUUUCACAACAAGAACAAAUUGCUCAGGAAGAACCACCACAAAAGAAGAAUAAAUAA